UUGUAAUUGUAGCUUUGUGUGCCUUGACAGUGUCACGGUGAGGUACAGUAAAGUAUGUCAAAGGUAGGAGGAAAGUAUAUUCACAGAGCUCCAUCCAUCUCCGCCUCUCGCAUGAUUGUCUUCAAAAUUCACAGUAAGCGCUCUGGCUCGUUUCCAGUAUGUGCGGGGGCUGACAGACAACCGGCACUUAGUUUCUCUUUCCUGUUUAACCCGUUUUGUCGGUAAGUACUCGUUGAAAUCCGACGCUAUUCCCACGAAAACGUCGAAAAUGGGCGAGUGUAGCGAUCUCAGCCAAACGCCUCUGUUUACAUUCGGUGUCAUCGCUGACAUCCAGUACGCCGACAUCGACGACGGCUUCAAUUACCACCGCACGAGGCGACGCUACUACAGGAGCAGUCUCCAGCUGCUGCGAAACGCCCAGGAAAGUUGGUCCGAGUCGGCCAUCAAGCCCAAAUUCAUCCUCCAGCUGGGAGACAUUAUCGACGGCUUCAACAAGGGACGCGGCGCCUCGGAGCGCGCGCUGGCCGCCGUGCUGCGGGAGUUCAGCUCGCGCGGCGUGCAGGUCCACCAUGUGUGGGGAAACCACGAGUUCUACAAUUUCAGCCGGAGCGCGCUGCUGCGUUCAAAGCUCAACAGCACGUCCUGCUCUGACGAGGGCAGCGGGGCCCACGCCGGAGCCGACAUCUACGCCUACCACUUCAGCCCGGCCCCCGGCUUCAGAUUUGUUGUGCUGGAUGCCUAUGACGUGAGCCUGCUGGGCAGAGACGAGUCGAGCGUCAAGUACACCAAUGCCCUGAACCUGCUGAGGGAGCACAACAGCAACGAGGACCUCAACGCCCCUCCAAUGGCUGAGGGUCUAGAGCAGAGGUUUGUGAAGUUCAAUGGUGGGUUUAGUAAAGACCAGCUGGACUGGCUGGAUGCUGUUCUGUCCCAGGCUGAUGAGAAAAAAGAGCGCGUCACCAUUGUCAGUCACCUCCCUGUACACCCCAGAUCCACAGAUCCCAUCUGCCUUGCCUGGAACUUCGAUGAGCUGCUGGCCAUACUGCAGUCCCACAGCAGUGUGGUCUGUUUCAUGGCCGGACACGACCACGAUGGUGGAUACCACAGGGAUAAAGACUCGGGAGUGCACCACCUCACGUUAGAGGGGGUCAUCGAGACCCCUCCAGACAGUGAUGCCUUUGGCACAGUGUCUGUGUAUGAGGACAGGAUGAUUCUGAAAGGGAACGGGAGGAUCGCUGAUAGAGAGCUCCUGUUCCCAUGAUGCCAAAGUUACAGAAAUCAUAAGAGGCUGCACAGAGGCCUUAUAGGGCAAAUUAAAUGGCACUGGAAUCGAUGGUAUGCCAAAGCUGUGAUUAAUGCAGGGUUCCCACUGGUCACUGAAUAUCUCAAAUAUUUUGGAAAUCAGAGAGAUGUUUUCCAGACAGGCGAAUUGGAUGAAUUUUCUGAGGAAAUCAGGGAAUUUCUCAAAUGAGUCACUUUACGGGAAGAUCUAUUUUAUCUAUAAUGUACUUCCCAACUUGUUUUGCACAUUUGUUGCAUCAGAUGGAGAUUUUCAUCUGUUUUUUUUUUUCUCCACAGUUAGACUGACUGUUGUGGGAACCAUUCUAUUUACCCAUUUAGAACAUUACAUUAACAAAGUCAUCAGGUUUUGGUCAUGGAAGCACUGCACCUUGGUGGUGGCGUUUUACAUCAGGGCCAUGGUGGGAGCACUUGGAAUGGAACUAUGAGAAAAACGGCAAACUCCUUUUGUCUGGUCUAGACUCUUGAUUUUCCAGCUGCAAGUGAAUGUAAGCUGCUACAUACCUUCAUCUUAUUUAAACACAUACCUCAAAUAAUUUAUGGUAUUGUAUCCGAAUGUUUUAUUUUGCUGAAAACCUGAGUGAAUUUGAAAUAAAUAUUUAAUCAGGUAAA